GUAAGAUAUAUCGCUCACCAGCUUACUUUCGGACUCAAAACACAAUUGUUAGCGAUAAAAGAACUCAAAACGAAUGCCCACUAUCGUUAUUUCAAUGUAUAUUGCUCUGUUAAUGUGUAUGUUGUGAGAAAAUCAAUGCCGGCGUAAUUCGUAACCAGGUUAUGUUUUACUCAAGCGUGAUAUGUGAAUUUGUGUUGUAGUAAUAUUUGUUUUCAUGUGUAACUCGGAACACGGAUGUCAUUAUAAUUGAUGUGAGACACAUCACCACCUUAUUAUGACCCUGCUGAUGAAUAUUGGCAGUGGUACCACCGUGCAGAUUACUCAUACUACCAACGUCCUCGGACUACACGACGAAGAACUGUUCGCUUCAACAUGAAUCCUACUGAUGAAACUGAUCGUAAGAUUAUAAUUGAGUUUUGUCAUCUCUUAGAAAAAUCAAAAGUUUUGUUUAAUGGGUUGAGAGAGUUACCACAAUAUGGUUACAAGCAAUGGCAGUCAUAUUUCGGCCGAACUUUCGACGUUUAUACCAAACUAUGGAAAUUUCAACAGCAACAUAGGUAUCUUUUAGAUAGAAAAUAUGGAUUAAAACGAUGGCAGAUUGGCGAAAUUGCAUCAAAAAUUGGCCAGCUGUAUUAUCACUUUUACCUCAGAACCAGCGAGACGGCGUAUCUUCGGGAAGCAUUUUCAUUUUAUCAGGCUAUACGAGGGCGACGCUAUUAUACCCAUGCUCUCAUAGAAGAUAGAUGUGAGCUUGUGGUCAAAAAACUCAGAUACUACGCUCGUUUCAUCGUGGUAGCACUUCUCAUGAACCGACUCAAAGUAGUGGAUGACCUUGUGCGUGAAUUAGAUAACCACAUUGUGGAAUAUGGCUCCAUCUACAAUGCUGAUGAUCAAAUUGAAUGGAACGUAGUUGUCGACGAAGUAAAGGGUUUCCUGGAUGUAGAACCUGCAGUGCAAAUUAUAUAUUCUGAAUUGCCAGCAAUCGAUUUGAAAAAUAGGAUAAAUCCGUAUGAAACACCAUAUAUUGAGCGUAAUGGCUACAUGCACCUUUCGCUUCAAGAUGUCAUUAUUGUAGGAAGCAGUAAUGCACAAGUGAAAUUCUCUGAGCUCACUAUUGACAUGUAUCGAAUUGUGCAUACCGUAGAGCGGGAGAUGAUAAGGCCUACACCUCCAAUGCUUAAUGAUGAAGUGCCACCACCAGGUCAGGUGCCACCGCCCCAUUCCACACCCAGAGGAUAUGCAGCUGGUGAUAGUUUUCGACGUGAUAAUCCGCAUAAGUAUUUGCUAUUCAAACCAUCGGCUCAACAGCUUUUAGUCUAUUUGGCAAGCAGUUGCAAUGAUCUACCACCAAAUGGAGCUAUUAUGCUAUACAUAUCUGCAGAUGGAUCUACUGCUAAUUCAGCUAAAAGUACUGACAGUAAUUCAGCUUCUGAAGGAGGAUUCAUCACAUCAGGAAAACAAGAAACAACACGAGAUUCCUCUCGUGAUUCUAGAGAGUCCAGGGCCAGCCAACCUCAAACAAUAAGCCGUGGGAAAGAUCACGCAUUGCUGUAUCCAGGGGACUUAAACCCGUUUACAAGACGGCCUCUGUUUAUAAUCAUUGAAUCCAACUGCUCCCAUCUGAUGCAGAACAUCUCUCAUCAUUUUAAUCAACCGCUGGUUAUCCUGCUUUCAGCUCAAGAACUGCCAUCAUGUUUAAAUGAUCGUAACUACCAAGGAAAUCUUCUUACAUUAUUUUUGCACAAUCCCUUAAUGGGCUUCUGCGCAUCUUGUGAGCUCUACUCUAUCGAAGAAGCUGUUUAUAACACAUGCUACGGUUUCGUAUUGGAUUUCCUAUUCCAGUGUGCUCAAUUAAUUCUACGCGUGCGUAUCGAUACAAACUUCUUUGCAUUUCUGGGUGACGACUUUUUGAAGAUUAUAAUCUUGCGGUUUAUCUUUUGCGAAUGCAGUUUGAGAUUGAACAGAAACUUUAGGUCUCGGAACCAUCUCGUCCGUUCUGUUCCAUCACUUCCCGACGAGCUGUUGUCUCAUGCUACCCUCGUAGCGAUUGUACUUAGAAUUGCGGAUCAUCUAGGGGUAAAAAGUCAGUUUUUGGACGUUCCUGUACAAGCGCCUGGUCCUGCCCCGAGAGACCAAAACUAAUGAUCUCCGGCAACUAAAAGUCGUUUCAAUCUCAAAAUUACUUAUUAGAUUUCUCUAAGUAAAACUUAUAUAACGCUUUCACAGCUACUCUCUUUCUCUUACUGGUAGAGUGUUACAGUUAUAUUUGACAAUUUAAUCGUUAUUACUUGACAUAAAUAGUUUUCUGAAACGCUAACGAUUAUCGAUAGUUAACGUCUUUAACCCCCGAUUGAAUUGGAUCGAUAGUUUGACUUAAAGAAUACCAAGGCCUAUAGUAUUCAUAUUUGUAGCUUUUAAUCUGGAAUUGUAUUAUUAUUAUAUACUUUAAAUGAUAAAUAUUGAUAUAUAGCCCACAAAUUACCAAAGAAAUAUUAAAAUUGAUUACCAUGUUAUUAUUACAAGACGUAAACGCUUGAAUAAGAAAUUGUAUCUCAAAACAUUUAGAAUAUACUAACACUCUAGCUCAAAUUUUAUGUAGAACUUUAUUUUGUAAUUCUUUUGUAAAUCUUUUUUAUAAUUUAUCAAAAUAUCCUUAUUUAAGUUACGGUAUUUGAAAUUGACUUUUUGACUGUCUGUUAGUUUUAAUAUAAUAUGCAUUUAUUAUAAUAAAUUUAAAUUAUAAUGAGUAGUAUUCAAUGGAUUACCAACACAUUGCUCUCAAAUGACAAUUCACGUUCGAUCAAAUAUACAUAGUUCGUAGUUUAGUUGCAAUAUAAUAUGAGUCAAUUUUAUCAAUAAACCCUACGAUAAAAUGCUCGGGAAUGUCUUAAUAAAGUCAACCAGAAGUCUCUUAAGUUUAUGUUCACUCGCGAUACUGAAACGAAGCAGUUUGAUCGGUCUUUGUUGAGAAGCAAAUGUAUUGCGAUAUCAUUUGUUCUUUAAAUAUUCGUCAAACAGGGAAUUCUUUCUUUUUAACUGCUUGGUAAGGAUUAUUAAGAAAAAAAAGGAAAAAGACAUUCCAUAUAA